CACGAACUGUUGGUGCAAGAAACUGCCAGCUUGCGAAAGAAAAAAAAACGAACGGAGCAUUUUCUGCAUUUGUCACUUUAUUGAAAUGAACAACUUCCAAAAGAAAGAUGUAAGCGGAAUGCCUUCCCAAUCGAGACCACGAGGAAUGUCUGGCACUGGAUCAGGUGGAUCUGGACGACCAGCAGUGACGGCACCAAUGUCCGAACGGCAGCAAAUGGCCCUACUGAUGCAGAUGACGUCCACGUCCUCCGGCAACGAAGGAGAAAUGAGUCCCGGAUCGAGUGGAACCUCUGGAACGAAUACCGGUGGGGGAACUGGUGGCCACUCGCGCCGUGAUCGCAUUAAUGAACGCGGUGAAACGGCAUUGCAUUUGUCGUCGAAAAAAGGCGACCAGGAAACGGUCAAGAAGCUGCUGGAACAGGGUUCGAAUCCUAAUGUUACGGAUUUCGCGGGUUGGACACCCCUGCACGAAGCGUGCAACCACGGUCACUACAAUGUGGCCCUGGCAUUGAUCAAGGCUGGGGCCAACAUCAAUGCCACCGGACUGGAAAACGAUACUCCCCUGCACGAUGCCGCUAUCGUGGGGCAGCUUAAGCUGUGCAGGAUGCUCGUCGAACGCGGUGCCGAUCCGACCUUCAAGAACCAGAAGGGCAAGAUGCCGUGCGACGUUGCGGCACCGGCCGUCUACAACUACCUGCUGCAGGCACGAGAUAAUGCAACCAACCGUGUGCAACAGCAGCUGAAAAAACCAUCGGAUGGCUCCGGAGGUAAAAAGAGCACCAAUCAGGACAGCGAUGCCGACGACACUAGCAGUGGUGGAAUCGGCGGCUCGAAUGCCUCCUCGGCCGUGAACAAAGACGAAGACGAUAUCUACGAGUUCAAAUCGACUCCGAAAGAUUCCAGCUCCAGCUCGAGCGAUGAAAAGGAAAGUAACAGUGACAAAAAUGAGAAAUCUUCUGGCGAUAAGAGUAGUGCGGCUGGCGGCGACGCGGAUGCCAAUACGAAUGCAGGUGGUGCCCCAAGUGGAACCGGGUCCGGUUCAAAUAACGCCAGUCUAUCGAAGCGACCGUUUUCGGAAGUGAAUGAUACGGCUGAUGAUAGCACCGGAGCAUCGAACGAUGACGAUAACAAACGGAAGAAGCGAAAGGACUCUGAUACCACUAACAAGGAAACCACGAAAAGUGUCACUGGUGGCAAUAGAGGCGCGGUUCCUAGACAAGAGAAGAGUGGCAAAUCAUCUGGGCCUCCGUCGAAGAAUCUCGGUCUAGCCGGUAAAAGCGCUCUGGAUCGAAAGAGUCCAUGUGCAAGUCCUAAACCGGCUUCAAAUGCGUCGUCAUCGGCUUCGACAAACAAAGCAUCGAGCAGCACUACCAACGACAGCGACGCAGAAGGUGAUGAUGCUGGAAGCAAGGGUAACGAUUCAAACUUCAACACCGGAGGUGGGCCUAAGGUACCACCGCUGAAAAUAGUCAUACCGCAGCAAAGCUCGGGAGGAGACACCGAAACCGGAGGAAGCUCCAGGAAUGGCAAAAACGCCUCCGCAAGAAAUCAUCCUGCACUACCUUAUGUGGUUGCGUCGUCGAACAGCAACGACUCCAGCGCUGACAAAGAGAGCACCUCAUCUCGAUCGGCAAGUCCUUCAGAUUCCAAGAGCUCCGACGAGAAAAAUACAUCGAAAUCCAGUGACGAGAGGGCUCAAUCUCGAGUGCUUCGCAGCCACCGUGGUGGUAAUGCAUCAUCCGAAGGUGGUGGUGGUCGUGGCAAGGACAAUCAGGGUGAUCGUUCCGUAGAUCGGUCCAACAAUUCAUCGCCACAGAUGCAACAGAGUAGUGCAGCACCCUCGCCUGCUUCCACCAGUGGUGAUGCUGGAAAUGGAAGCAACAGCAAUAGUGGGACUAGCAAAGACAAGGAUGGAAGCACUGCAAGUCCUGCUGGUGCCAAUCAAAAAGAUAAUGAACCUGAAACAGGGUCCAGCAGUGGCACCAAUCCGAAAAGCCCUCCAGCCUCUUCCAGCUCUACUGCUGCUGCCACUAACACAAACAGUAGCAGUAACACCACAAGUAACACCGGUGCUAACUCUACUCAAAAUAAUCAAUCCAACAGCACCGCCUCAACUUCAACUUCGGAAACGGCCGUUCAUCCCAGGAAACGUAAGAUCAAAACCAGUAAAGAUCAAUCAAUGACGGCUGCAUCGAGUUCUUCUACUCCCUCCACAUCUUCGUCCGCUUCGACGUCGAACGAGGAAAAGAAAGAGAUCAAGGAAGAACUGCCGGACGUCCAUCCACACGAUCAACCGAUCACCAAUUGCUAUCAAAUGUUUCUGAACAUCCGACGGCAGAUCGAACGUCGCCAGCGAAGUCUUUUCCCUGUACAACCGAAACCACCCCAGGGCUUCAAAGAUUACCUGCUCAAUCGAUGUGCUUAUGCUUUGGCGGGGAAAACCCCGGCAGAACCCAACAUUCAACCUCCGACUAGCCUCCCGCAGCAAAUGAAGGAAAUCUUCACCACCCAAGAAAAGGAACGCCACAAGCUGAAAAUGCAGCACAUCGUCGAGAAAGAGAAACUUGUCCUGGCGGUUGAACAGGAAAUUCUCCGGGUACAUGGACGAGCAGCACGUGCCCUCGCCAAUCAGUCUCUCCCAUUCUCCGUUUGCACCAUCCUCAAGGACGAAGAAGUCUACAACAUUAUCACGCCCGAGCAGGAAGAGAAAGACCGCAAUGCACGAUCGCGAUACAACGGUCGGCUGUUUCUCAGCUGGUUACAGGACGUUGACGACAAGUGGGAGAAGAUCAAGGAAGCCAUGCUGUUACGGCACCACAACGAAGCGGAAAGUUUGCAUGCCGUCCAGAAGAUGGACUGGGAGUGGAAGAUGAAGGAGAAUUCUCUGUGUGAAUUCAAGGCCAAGCCGGUCAUCGAAGAUACCCACGUGCCCAUGGUCAACGUGAGCGAUGACUUUGAUCUGUUGCCCGCCUAAACAUAUAGGGCAGAUAGUAAGUACGAUCAGGAUUAUAGCUUCUUGCGCUCACCUAAGUAAGAUAUGUAGAUGAUAUUCAUGUUAGUUUUAUGCAGAAAUUAGUAUAGUGUAACACACUUAUACUUACGAUAGAUGAUACGAAUAGAUGUAUUCCUUUUACUUAUAAAACAAA